AGAAGAAGGAAGGGCUGGGGACAGUUAGAAGUUCACAAGCAGGAACCAAGGAUCAGACUGAGAGAACCCAGAGUUAAGGCUUAUAGGGUUCCUGAGAGCUCAGCUGGAAGUGACUGGGUGACAAGGUGCACAGGCCCAGCUGUGGGAGCUCCACCAUGAUUCCACAAGUAGUGACCAAUGAGACCGUCACAGUCAUUUCACCAAAUGGAAUCAGCUUUCCCCAAACAGACAAACCCCAGUCUUCCCACCAGAGGCAAGACAGCCUGAAGAAAUAUCUAAAGGCAGAGAUCAAAGUGAUGGCGGCAAUCCAGAUCAUGUGUGCUGUGAUGGUGUUAGGUCUGGGAAUCAUUUUGGCAUCUGUCCCCUCCAAUCUACAUUUUACCUCAGUGUUUUCAGUCCUGUUAAAAUCUGGAUACCCAUUUGUAGGAGCUUUGUUUUUUGUCAUCUCUGGAAUUCUGUCUAUAAUCACAGAGAAAAAGAUGACUAAGCCUUUGGUCCAGAGCAGCCUAUCCCUGAGCAUCCUGUGUGUCCUCUCUGCUCUUAUAGGCAUCAUUAUCCUCUCUGUGAGUUUGGCUGCUUUAGACCCUGCCUCACAGCAAUGUAAGCUGACUAUCACACAACAACUAGCCACAACUCCACAUUAUUAUCAUUUCUUUCAUCAUGAGCCAUCCGAGAAGAGCUGCUUCAUGGCCAAAUCUGCUCUGACUGGAGUCUUUUCACUGAUGCUGAUCAGCAGUGUGUUGGAGCUUGGCCUGGCUAUCCUCACUGCCUUGCUGUGGUGGAAACAGAUCUGCUCUGCUUUCUCUGGGAAUGUGAUUUUCCUGUCUCAGGACUCAAAGAAUAAAUCCAGUUUAUCUUCAGAGUCACUUUGUAAUCCUGCAUAUGAGAAAAUACUGACUUCAUAAGAAUUAAGUGGAGAUUAUAUAGCAGAAGAUCAGUCUGUAACAUGAUUUAGAAAAGCCAUUUUCUGUGUGACAGCAAUGAUUAAUAUCUUAAAACGUGUGUUGGUUAAUCAGCAACUAUGAAAACCAUACUAACUGGCUGGGUUCAGUAACAUCCUCUUGAUUUAGCUUCAGCCAAAGCUCAGACCUAUAAAUUCCAAUUUAUGUAGUGAUCAAAGAACCCCAGAUAUUUUCUCAAAAACCUAGAAGAAUGUUUCAUAAGAUCAUAGUGGAGCCAAUGGGCAACAUUUCUUCUAAUCUCGGUUACUUGGCUGCAGGAGGUACUGGUUAAUACCUGAGAUUUUAUUCUGUGCAUGUGGCAUGGGACUUUACGGCAUCUAUUUUAUUCAUAAGCACAUGAAGACAAGUCACCUGUUAUGAAGACUCCAAGAGCAAAGAAGAUAUUGGCCUCCAAAUAAGGUCUUUAUGUAAUCCCACAUUUCAUUUGUAUAGUUUUGUGUUUGCAUUUAAGCAUAUGGCAGAUCACUUGACAUAGACAUGUCAAGAUGAAAUACCUUUCUUCCCUACUAAGCACAACCAAAAGUUUCACAGAAAAUCUAACCAAAAAUACUCAAUGUUUACUAAGAAAAAAAAUAAGGGCAUCUUUCUUUAUUUCUGAUUUGAAAAUAAAAAUGAAUAGUUGCAUUUUUAA